AGACUGGUUAUACGUACCUGCAGUCCCUCUCCCAGAGGAAGGCAGAAACACCUCAAAGCCUGCAUGUAAGAACAUCUACUGACAAAUUAUUUUAAUCAGACACCAGCUGAGUGGGAGAAAGAAAAAGAACAGAGAACAAACAAAACUCCCUGGGUCUUGGAUGUAAGAGAAUCCAGCAGAGAUGGACUGGAGUUUCUUCAGAAUAGCUGCAGUGCUGUUCAUUUUUCUGGUGGUGAUAGAAGUUAACAGUGAAUUCCGAGUCCAGGUAAGAGAUUAUAACACUAAAAAUGGCACCAUCAAGUGGCAUUCAAUCCGAAGGCAGAAACGUGAAUGGAUCAAGUUCGCGGCGGCCUGUCGUGAAGGUGAAGACAACUCAAAAAGAAACCCAAUCGCCAAGAUUCACUCAGAUUGUGCUGCAAACCAGCAAGUUACCUACCGCAUCUCUGGAGUAGGAAUUGAUCAACCACCAUAUGGAAUCUUUGUCAUUAAUCAAAAAACUGGUGAAAUUAAUAUAACAUCCAUAGUUGAUCGAGAGGUCACUCCUUUCUUCAUUAUCUACUGCCGAGCUCUGAACUCAAUGGGCCAAGAUUUAGAGAGGCCUCUAGAGCUCAGAGUCAGGGUUCUGGAUAUAAAUGACAACCCUCCAGUAUUUUCAAUGUCUACAUUUGUAGGACAAAUAGAAGAAAAUUCUAAUGCAAAUACACUGGUGAUGAUACUCAAUGCUACUGAUGCAGAUGAACCAAACAAUUUGAACUCAAAAAUAGCCUUCAAGAUUAUAAGACAAGAACCCGCAGAUGCACCAAUGUUUAUUAUCAACAGAUAUACUGGAGAAAUUCGAACGAUGAAUAAUUUCCUAGACAGAGAGCAAUACGGCCAGUAUUCUCUUGCUGUAAGAGGCUCUGAUCGAGAUGGUGGGGCAGAUGGCAUGUCAGCAGAGUGUGAGUGCAGCAUUAAAAUCCUCGAUGUCAAUGACAACAUCCCUUACUUGGUACUGCCUGAAAUUUCCAUAAAAAUUGAAGAAAAUACUCUAUAUACAAAUUUGAUGGAGAUUAGAGUAAUUGAUUUGGAUGAAGAAUUCUCAGCUAACUGGAUGGGAGUAAUUUUCUUUAUCUCUGGAAAUGAAGGAAAUUGGUUUGACAUAGAAAUGAAUGAAAGAACAAAUGUGGGAAUUUUAAAGGUUGUUAAGCCCUUAGAUUAUGAAGCUGUGAAUAAUCUGCAACUCAGUAUUGGCGUCAGAAAUAAAGCUGAAUUUCAUCAUUCAAUUAUGUCUCAAUAUAAACUGACAGCAACUGCAAUUUCUGUGGCUGUGCUAAAUCAACGUGAAGGCCCAGUGUUUCGUCCAGGUUCAAAGACAUACAUAGUAACUGGUAAUAUGGGAGCAAACUCUAAAGUGGGAGACUUUAUAGCUACGGACCAGGACACAAAUGGACCUUCAACAACUGCUAGAUAUGUAAUGGGAAAUAAUCCAGCUGACCUGCUAGCUGUUGACUCAAGAACAGGCAUAAUCACUUUGAAAAAUAAAGUUACCAGGGACCAAUAUAAUAUGCUUGGGGGAAAAUACCAAGGAACAAUUCUCUCCAUAGAUGAUGAUCUUCAAAGAACUUGCACCGGUACAAUAAAUAUUAACAUGGAAGGUUUUGAUUUCAGUCACAGUGAUACUACUACAAACGCAGGUGGUAACACAGAUGAUAAUACAAAUACGAACACUGGAAGUAAUACCAAUGCUAGCAGAGACGAUACUUCCACUCAGCAAGGAAGCAACACAAAUACACUCGAAGGACCUAAUGGGAUUGCAGUAAUCUCAGACAACGUACAUUUUGGUCCUGCUGGCAUUGGACUACUCAUCAUGGGAUUCUUGGUCUUAGGAUUGGUCCCAUUUUUGAUGAUCUGUUGUGAUUGUGACGGUGCUGCUACUCGUAGUGUAGGCGGCUUUGAGCCUGUUCCCGAAUGUUCAGAUGGAGCAAUGCAUGUAUGGUCAGAAGAAGGACCACAGCUCGAUCCUACAAACACUGUCUGUGUACCACCAAUAUCUGGUGCUACAAAUCUGAUCGAAUUCGUUGACAACUCAGGAGUUUAUACAAAUGAGUAUGAUGGCAGAAAAAUGCAUGAUCUGGGAGGAGGAGAGAGAGUUGAACUAAGAGAGGAAGUUAACAUGUCAGGAAUGCCUGAGACAUGUCAAGAAUACUCUGGAACAUUAAGAAGAAAUUCUAUGAGGGAAUGUAGAGAAGGAGGUCUGAAUAUGAAUUUCAUGGAAAGCUACUUCUGUCAGAAAGCAUAUGCUUAUGCAGAUGAAGAUGAAGGACGCCCAUCCAAUGACUGUUUGCUCAUAUAUGACAUCGAAGGUGUAGGUUCCCCUGCUGGUUCUGUGGGUUGUUGUAGCUUCAUUGGAGAAGAUCUGGAUGACAGCUUCUUGGAUACGCUGGGGCCUAAAUUUAAGAAGUUGGCAGACAUCAGCCUGGGAAAAGAAAUUGAAUCGUAUCCAGACCUUGAUCCUUCUUGGCCACCCCAAAGCACUGAACCCGUUUGCCCUCCUCAGGAAACAGAGCCCAUGGUUAGUGGACACCCACCCAUCUCCCCACAUUUUGGCACUACCACAGUAAUUUCUGAGAGCACCUAUCCCUCGGGACCUGGUGUACAGCAUCCUAAGCCUAUUCCCGAUCCUCUGGGCUAUGGUAAUGUCACUGUGACCGAGUCUUACACCACCUCUGACACUCUGAAGCCCUCUGUGCACAUUCACGAUAACCGACAAGCAUCAAACGUGGUGGUGACAGAGAGAGUGGUCGGCCCGAUCUCUGGCGUUGAUUUGCAUGGAAUGUUAGAGAUGCCUGAUCUGCGAGAUGGGUCAAAUGUUAUAGUGACAGAAAGGGUAAUAGCACCAAGUUCUAGUCUACCCACCUCUCUGACUUUCCAUCAUCCUAGAGAGUCUUCAAAUGUGGUAGUGACAGAAAGAGUAAUCCAACCAACUUCCGGCAUGAUAGGUAGUCUGAGUAUGCACCCUGAGUUAGGCAAUGCCCACAAUGUGAUUGUCACAGAGAGGGUUGUUUCUGGCACUGGUGUAACUGGAAUCAGUGGCACCAGUGGCAUAAGCGGUGGCAUAGGCAGCAGUGGCCUGGUUGGCACCAGCAUGGGUGCUGGAGGCGGGGCCCUGAGUGGAGCCGGCAUAAGUGGUAGUGGCAUGGGCCUGAGCAGCUUGGGAGGGACAGCCACCAUUGGCCACAUGAGGAGCUCCUCUGACCAUCACUUUAACCAAACCAUUGGGUCUGCCUCCCCUAGCACAGCUCGAAGUCGAAUCACAAAGUACAGUACCAUGCAAUACAGCAAGUAGUCAGGAUCCCAGCUCACUUUUUCAUAGUCACUGUGAUUCGGAUCCAAUUCUCACCACCCAAAAACUAGCAAUGUGAUUUAUGAUGCACCACUUGGUGCUCAGAUCAUUGAGGACCAAGGUGAGAAAGCACAAUGGGAAAAAUAAAUGGAAACAUUGCUACUAGGGAGAGCUCUCCUUAGCAUUCAUAAACUUUUUUGUUAUAUUAGGACUAAGGAACUAAAACUUGAGGCAGAGUCUUCUUUGGGCCUGUGUGGCCUGUAGCGUAUCUCCAGCCUGUAACUGGUCUUAUGACAUCAAUUGGUAUCAUUCUCCUUGCUCUGUUUUGCUUUGCCACAUAGCUUGGGCAAAAUUCAAAAAGAACUAAACAUGCAAUAUGUGUUCAUGUCUGUGAGAAAAUCUAAAAUGUGUACCAGACAGACACCCUGUCGGUUUCACAGAUAACAUAAAUAAAAAUUCAACCACAGAUUUAUACAAGGGUUAACUGAUUUUUGUUUAAGAAUGACAGCAUAGUCAAGUCCACAAGCCAUCAAGCACUCCUACCUUAAUUACUGCACUAGAUAAAAUAAAUUUUAAAUUAGGAAGUAUUUCCUAGGAGGAAAAUUCCAUUAGAGAGUGGCAAUGAGGUCUGUGCAGGGUAAACUAACAAUGCCUGACUCUGAAUCUUAAUUUAGGGCCUCAGUUAAAUCUCCUGUGGAGUCAAGGAUUGUUCUGAUUCUAGUUUGUGUUUAGUGUUAGAUGUAAUCUUGGUGAAUACUGCUUACUGGUGAAGUUGAGGAAUAUCACACUCAACUUUCCAUUUACCCCUGUGGUUUUGACGUAAGAAAGCAAAACUUGCUAAGUUAACUUCUCAAAUCGAAGCAAAUGAGGCCCUGCAUGGUUCUCAUAACUACUGGUAAAUGACCUUACAAGUAAGCAGAUGGGAACUGAAUUGUGUUUUCAGGUUUUGUUUUUAGUAUGUGAUAUUCAUUCUUAUCCAGCUCUUUAUUACAUAGCUCCAAUGUUAAAAUGAUUUACAUAGGCUGAGCUGUAGGCAAAACUGAAGAAGAAGAAAAGAAGCUUGCAGUAUGCUUAAGCUUGGGGGAAUUUUUUUUUAAGGGGAUCUAAAAAAAUGUUUUUAGAACAUGUAAAAUGUUUAAUGGGGAAAGUUAGAAAAGAAUUCUUUUGUAAAGUAAUACUAUGCUAAUUAUUGGCUUUUAGUAUGUAAAGCAGUGGUUGCUUUAGCAAAUCUCUGCUACCAUUUUGCGGGGGUCAACCAGGAGCCUUUAACAGAGUUGACAAUACUGUGUUGACCAGAAUGAAAUGUAGAUAACCUAUUCCACUAGUUUAUCUCACCCACUAAUUUUUCUCACUGGCAUAAAUUUUAAAUUCCUGGUUUGAUUUGUCAAUAAGACCUUGGCUUACAUGUGCUCUGAUUUAUAGAUAGCAUCCAAAUUAUAUAGUAUAACAUAUUUUUCUAGCUUCAAAAUUUAGUAAUGUCCUAUUGAUGAAAUACCAUGUCUGUAUGUUUGCUAUAUAGUGUUAUCUGACUAAAAAUCUCUAAAAAGAAUCAAAGCACUCUAAGAAAAAGGUAAAUUUACUAUUGCAUGGUAGAGAAAUUUUUUUCUUUCUUAAAUACAGUGUUACUAUAAGCUCACUAAACUGAAAGUCUAUGUGACCUAUGUGACAGAAUAAAAUUAGAACAAAAAUUUUUCCCUGGAGUUGUGAAUUAUAUACAACUUUUAAAGAAUUUACCAUAAUUACUCAAAUUUUCCAGGAAAUUACAAGGCCUAAGAAUAGUUAUUUGACUUCCUACACUGGUAUAAAGGGGACAGGAGUGAAUUAUUUAACAUAGAGCUAUUUUGCUCUGAAUAACAGCAGAUAAGGCUAAUGUUUUUUAAAGCUACAGUGUACAUCUUCUUUUAACUCUGUAGAAUAUGUAAAAUUUUGAUAGUCUGUAGUAUGCCAAAAUGCAGAGAUAUAAAUAAAGUCAUUCGAAGGGAGUCUUCUUUUUCUACCACUUAGGGAGCUACAUUAAGGAUGGGUAAUCUUUCCAGAAAUAAAGUCAAAAGGUAUAAAAAAAAAAAGUCAAAAAUAUACUUGAGUAUGCCUGGGUCCAGUUGUAAAGAAUAGAAAAAAUUAUUAAUGAAUUAAUUAAGUAAUUUAUUAAAGGGAAUGAUAUCUGACCACAGGAAACUUGCUUGUUGUUUUGAUAUGAAAUAUCCUCACCACAGGCCGUUUCUUAAAACACCUGAUAGCUUCCAGAGAUAUUUUUUAGGUUGUCUGGCAAACAACAAAUAACUGUCUUUAAUAACUAUUGCUGUUAAAAUGUGCAGGUAGUUAAGAUUCCCCCAAUUUAGUUACAUUUGAACUCCUAAACACUGUUAAACACUGAGAAAAACAAGAAAAAAAAAUGGCAGUAAUAGUCAUCUGUCUUUCUAGGAAGAUACUUUCUAACCAAAUUUUUCCUCCAGAAUUGCACACUGAUGGGAAAACAAGAAAAAUGGAAGUAUUAGUCAUCUAUCUUUCUGGGAAGAUACUUUCCAACCAUUUUUUUCUUCCAGGAUUGCACAUUGUUUAGUCCUAAAUUUGAAAAUUACCUUUUUAAGCCAUCAGCCAUUUUAGUAGUUAUUUAAAGGCAUGUCAUUUUUCAACGAACAAGCUUUGGGCAGAACUUCAUUCUUCUUUUAGAUGUUUACUCUAGAUCAUAUAUAUCAUGUCAUAGACUGAGAAGAGAUAUGCAAAUCAUUUUAUAAGUGAUUGCUACAAUUAGAAUUCAAGCUGAGUUUCAGAUCAGCUUGCUCUCAACAAAAGGAAGAAAGAGAUAAUAAUUUAAUGCUCUGUAUGUAUGGUUUGAAAACAAAUCAUAAUGUUUAUAAAAUAUCUAUCUGACUUUCUAGAGGUAGUCUUUAGGGGCAAAAAUUAGUGCAUUAUAAAUACUUUACCAUUUAAUAUCAACUAAAAUACUGUCUCAAGCUAAUUUAGACACUGAAUUCCAGAUAUACCUGCUAUGUAUUAUUUACCUCUAAGCAUGUUGCCUGAUGUAAUUGCAUUUGCACUGAAAAAUUAAAAGAAAACGUAUAUUAUGAGUUAUUUAUAUAUCUUCAUCUAGACAUCUGUUCUAUAUUUGUGUAUAAAGUUUUUAGCAUCAUAAUUUUUAUUCAAGAAAAUGUUCUGACAAAAUUUUAAUUAUAUGUCCUCAAAUUUUACAUUUUUACUCUAGUAAAUAGAUGUUUUUAGUUAUCUAUGCAAUUUAUUUCUAAAUUCAUACCAAUAUUCGAUUGUCAUGGUACAAAAUAUAUGACACCCUUUGACUUUUGCUGGAGUUUAAAGGGUGUUAUAAUCUUUAGCAUAAAUGCUCAUGACUAUUUUGGAAAGACAUUUAAAACCCAAAACAAACUUUUAAAAGUACUUGCCACAUUUUCCCAUGCCUAUUUCAUAAAUUCCAACUUUUUCAAUGAUUUUUGGCAUUUUUAAGAUCCGUUUCACAUUGCACUGGAACACUGCAGUCCACAGUAGACUGCAACUCUUCAUGAAAUCUAAUCUGUCUUCCACUUCCAGAUUAUUCCACUAAGUUAGGACAAAAUUUGAACAGAUCAACCUAUUAUCUAUCCAUCAGAUAAUUUUAAAACAAUGUAUAAUCUUGUUUAAUUGUCUACAUUCUCUCCCCAAUUUAGCUGUAUGUGACUUACUAAACACUUGAUCAUCAGACGGAACCUCGUCUAACUUAUUUUUCUUUUGCUGUCUUUUUUACAAGCUUUUUAAAUAUUUAUCUCUGGUGGUGUUUGAAACAAGGUAGUCUUCUUCAAGUUUCAAUAUAAAAGUUUUUGGAUCAUUUGGGUGCUAGUUUCUUGCUUGGUCAUCUGUUGUUUUUCUUUUUUUAAGUUGAUUUGUAAUUUCCAAAUAGUUAUGCAUACAGCAAUAAAAUGAUUAAUAUGC